AAAAGGCUGAUGAAUAAUAGCCUGUUUACAGUGAUGGUACUCUUCUCUCAAACACAUCGUAUCACCAACAGUCAGAUAGAGAACAUUGUUUAGGGACUUGUUUAGUGUGGCCUUACAGUCUCAGUUGUCAGAAAUGUGCUUGUGUCAGAGAGGAACUAGGUGGCAAAAUGUUUGGCCAAUAGUGCAGUCUGCUCUUAUCGCAUAACUAAACAACCCUGCAGCAGAAAGACGUGUGAAGCAUUUGCAAACAGCACCGUGAGGCUUACUUUGGGAGAACUCUUCUUUCUAUUCAGUUUUAACAACUGUUUAAUCCAGGCAAUAGAGGCAAACAUGAAUUCAAGCACAGAAGCAUACAGCAAUAAUGAUGCAGACAGCUAUAAUUACCAAGACAUGGUUGACGAGUUUUCAAAAGGGUCACAUACUGAAGACACACAUCCUGAACAUUGCAGGGAAGCAGCAUGUAUAAUCACAGUUAUUUUAAAUGUGAUAAUUUUCCUACUUGGCAUCACUGGAAAUGGAACAGUGAUCUGGAUUGCUGGUUUUAAGAUAAAGAAGUCAGUUAACACCACUUGGUACCUGAGCCUGGCUUUGUCUGACUUCCUAUUCUGCAGUAUUAUCCCUUUUGUCAUUGUCAGAACAGUUAUAAACAACUGGAUCUUUGGGCUCUACAUGUGCAAAUUCACAUCCUUUGCUAUGUUCCUCAAUAUGUACAGCAGCAUCUUCAUCCUCAUCGUCAUAAGUGUGGACCGCUGUGUGACCGUCAAGUUUCCGGUUUGGGCCCAGAAUCAUCGCACUAUAACAAAAGCCUCUGCUGUUGUUGUGUUGGUUUGGUUAAUGUCUGCUUUGCUUAGUAUACCAGCAUUCAGAUUCAGAGAAAUCUAUAAUUACUCAUCAAAAGAAAUAUGUUUUAACAACUAUGAGCAUCACCACACAACUGUUGUGCUCAUUCGAUUUAUUUGUGGGUUUUUGAUUCCAUUCCUAAGUAUUUGCAUCUGUUACUCUAUCCUGAUCUGUAAACUAAGGGCGAACCAAUUGUCCAAAUCCACUAAGCCCUACAAGAUCAUGACACUACUGAUAACAACUUUUUUCCUCUGCUGGUUGCCAUAUCAUAUUGUUUCUAUAAUAGAGCUGGACAAAUCUAAGCAUGGCCAUAACUUUGGCAAAGCCCAACUAGUAACUGCUACUCUUGCCAGCUCAAACAGCUUUAUAAACCCAUUCCUCUAUGCAUUCAUGGCAAAGGACUUAAAGAAGAAACUCUACUCAUUUCUGUCAAAGAUUGAGAGUACCAUUGAUGAGGAGACCCGAAGUGCUUUUAGAGGAACUUCCAUUACCAAUUCUGGGGAUCACAGACUUUCCACUGCUGUCUGAAAAUGUGAAAGAUUAUUUUAACAUGAGUCUUUAUAAAAGACAUGUCUCUGUUAGCCAAGUCAAACUGGGUUUUUAGUAAAUAAUUUUUGCUCAUAGAAAUAUAUUUUACAGCUCUUUUUUUAUGUAAAUCUUGCUACAACUAUUUUAUUUCCUUGCCUUUGGUCCAUGCAAAAUAAAUACACACGUGACGUGUAAUUCUUAAAGGAAUAGUUCACCCAGAAAUGUAAAUUCUGUCAUAAUUUAGUCACCCUCAUGUCUUUUCAAACAUUAGUGACUUACUUUCUUCUGUGGAACACAAAAGGAGAUAUAGGCAGAGAUGUUAGGGACCCAGAGCCUCAGUCACCAUUCACUUUUAUUGUAUUGAAAAACAGUGCAAAGGAAGUGAAUGGUGACCGAGACUGUCAGUCCCUAACAUUCAGCCAUUUGUGUGCCACAGAACAAAGAAAGGCAUAUGGAUUUGGAACAACAUGAGGGUUAUAAGCAGAGGUGGGUAGAGUACCCAAAAUAUUUACUCAAGCAAAAGUACAAUUACUUACAAUUUUUUUUUUUUUA